AAUCUUUUGUUCCCUAUUGUGUGCAUGUCUCCAGAGGGCACGGUGUAUCAGAUCACACUCCCACCUGACUUAAUCUUGGCGUGCUAUUUCACAAACUGCCGCGCUCCACCCUCACGACUUACAAACACUCCUGAAAUUGCCUCGAGAGAAAAUAUCCAAUAAGGUUUGAGGUUAAGAAUUGAUCGGUUCGCUAUAUAGUGCCGGUAGAUAAAUCAUUAAUUCAUGUCAACAAGUGUGAUUGGCUGCAUCGAAAUGUCGCCAUGGAAACAAUGAUAUAGUUUGAUGUGCAACCUUGAUCGUGAAAAGAACACAUUGGUUUUGUUGAUUUCAGCUAAAAAUCGAUGUGUCUUUUACAUGUACAGGCCUAUAGCGAGUUUAUUCAGACGCUGUUCGUUCGGCGGCGGCAGCGGCCGUCCCAUAAGGAUUAUUUAUAUGAUUAUUUCCACUUCGUCACACAUGCCGUUUCGUGGUUGGAAAAUUAACAUGAACGAAUCCAUGUGUGUUUCUGUAAUGAAAUGCAUAUUUGUUAUACUGUCAUAUUGCAUCCCAAGUUAUAUUGCCUGUUUUUAGUCGACAUUCCGGACUAGCAUGGUUUUGCGAAAUUGCAGUCGAUCUUCCCGAAAUUGAAGUGACCUAAACAUUUUAAUAAAUAUCGGUUUGUCAUUUCCAGAAGCCAGUCCUAAAAACAAAAUGGUUUCUCAGUUCCUGACGCCGGAGUGACGGAUUUUUAUCCUUAGAUAAUCGUGCCUUUAGUACGGCCUGUAUUGUUGCAGACCUGAUAUGGUCAUCUUGUUUGAUUGAUAAAUAUCUGUGAUGUUUCAUGCCACGAAUUUUGGUUUUAGUUUAUGUAGAGAGAAAAAUUAAAAGUAAAUGGGCACCCAUGGAAUCGGAGUCGCUGUGAUUACAUCAGUACUGAGCACGCCCCCUUCCUGUUAAAUCAUUCCAAGUAGGAAGGAUGCGAAUACAAUACAGCCUCGCAUCUCAUUAAACUCUUCAUCCGGACGACCGUACAUGCAUAUUCCUCUCACUGAGAUUAUACUGUAGACGUGUGAAGCUCAUGAUCAUCGCUUCACUUUCCAUCAAUUUUGCUCUUCAUUUCUGAUCAGCUGUGAGCACAGUCGGCUGUUUCUCCGGCCAGAAGGACCGACGGUUUUGGGUCAAGUCAAGGCCGGUGUGUUUGUCUAAAUCGCUGUUUAGCAUCAACCUGUUCAGGAGCCGUACGAAUUUUGAGAUGUGAGGACCGUUUCUAUUUUUACCGUGGAUGUUGGCUACCUGCAUAUCUGCUGAUGUAGGGCCUAUACUUUAUUAGUUAUUUCUGUGCUGCACAAUAUACAGCAGAUGAUUGUGUACGAUUUGUUGACCUAUAUAUUCCUGGUGGCGUGGUUUGUAAAAUUAUGAAGACGGAUGGCAGUCUGGUUCGCUUGGCUGAUGUGAGAUGAGCAAUACGGACGCCAUCAUGAUGUAGCAACAUUCGAAUGACAUUAUGCGGGUUGGUUGUUGAUAUGAUAAAUUUAACUGAGGAUGGAGUAAUUCUGCAGCCUAGAGUAAACGGGCAUUAAACAAUGGCCAACCGAGUUAACAACGGAACAAGCCCAACAAAUGGGCACCAACGGCCCAUGGCAUCUGUUACCAAGGCAACAGGCUCAUCCCCACGGCGACCACGCCCUGCCUCAUACCAUCAAGAACUCAGUUCCUCGUCGUCGGGAAGUCCAAAAUCUUCAUCUGAGGCUCUCAAGAGAUCUUCAGUCACGAGUCCGGUGAGGGGACGCGAUCAGGCAACUGCAUCCCUGGCGCUGAAGAUUCCUCCCCGUGUGGAUAAGACGUACCGGCGUUCUGGCUCCCCAGGUGCCCGGUCUAGUGCCUCGGGUAGCUCCACUGGAAGCUCUGACUCGCUGCCUUCAAGGAAAGCCACUGUCACCUUAAAGAAACUGGCCACGAUGAGAGAGGAGGAUAAACUCAUCGAUUUAAAUCUUGUCUUCUACGGAGGAGAGAUUAAAUGCCAUCGGAUUGUUCUUGCGGCCAGCAGUCCGUACUUUCGUGACAUGUUGGCCGUUUCCAGCCAUCUUAGUAGACACGAUAGUAUUGAGAUGCGAGGGGUGGACAUGCAAGUCAUGCGAGCUCUGGUCGACUACGCUUACACGUCCACCAUCACUAUUGGCUACGACAGAGUCAAGACGUUGCUGGAAGCUGCCAAUAUGUUUCAAUUCCAAAGUGUCAUUGAUGCCUGUGUGGAUUACUUGAAGCGUUCAAGACGGAAGAUCAGACAGCGUUCGUCGAGCAGACAACGAAGUGAGACUGCGGGAGGCAGGAGUCCAUCCAGCGGAGGAAGUCCUCGAUCGGGGAGUCCUAGGACCACGCCUGUACAAAGCCCACGAGCUGCGAGCCCUCUGACUACCCCAUCCCCUCUACUGCCCAGCCCUAGAGAACCAUUCAAUGGAUCAUCUCCUAAGAUAGCAGUUAUCAAUGAUAAAGUUGGUGAUGAUGUUGCCAAGAUACUUCAAGAUGUGUCGCUAGGAGGUAACGGAGGAACCAUCAAUGAUGAAGAGGUAGAUGGAUUGAUGAAGAAUAAUGGUCUUUCAUCAGCUCUUGGAGUGGGUCCUAAGUACAGUAGGAGCGUAAGUACGGGAUCAGAGGGAUACUUGACAAGCUCCAUCGGCAGCGACUCAUCUACCGAAUCGUCCACUCACUUUGUUUUCCAUGACAACAGGCAUCCUUCUCGUCUCAUCCGCGAGAUGGUUAAGCUUCGUCAAGCUGCUCGCCUCACCGAUGUUGUGCUGAGGACCAAGAUUAAAGACUUCCCUUGCCAUCGGUUGCUCCUGGAAGCUUCAAGUAGUUACCUCUCCCGCGUGAUUUCGCAGGACUUGGAUGGCACAAAUGCCAUGGAUGUACACAUGAAGAGGAUUUCGUCCGACGUCUUGCAGAAGUUGAUCCAUUCGAUGUAUACGGGGAGGGUCGCUGUAUCAGAUCGCGAUGCUGCUCAGGUUUACAGAGCGGCCAAACGCUUCGGUUUGGAGGAGGUAUGCCAUGCGUGCGCCGUUGUUGAUCCAAGUUUAGAUUCGACAUCCACUGCCAACACGAGCCUGACUGACAGUAUGUUGUCGGGGGCAACAAAUGCUGACAGUCUUGAAAACUCGCUGGAAUAACAAUGUUUAUAAAGACCACCAUGGGGUGCACAGAGCAUAACUAGCCCCCCCCCCAUUCCCUC